AUGGCCUGCAGAGCUGACAGUGACCUUACGCCUCAAAGCUUUAAAUUCACAGUUCUCUCUGAGCAGGUAAACAAACUUGAGGAGGAUGAAUCUGCUUCAUAUGUGACGGAGCCUGUAAUCCCUGAUGCCACGCUACGGGUAGAAGGAGAGAGUUUUUAUGUCAACCGUCAGCAACUGGCCCUCCAGAGUCCAUACUUCAGGGCUCUGUUUUUUGGCUGUGGCAUAGAGAGCACCAGAAGGAAAGUUGAGAUCAAAGGUGUGGGCCUGCAGCAUUUCGGAGUUUUAAUGGAAUACAGCAGGACAUCUCACCUAGCUUUGGACAGAGAAAAUGUUCUGGGGAUCCUUGAGACUGCAGACUAUUUACAGCUGGAGCGAGCCAGGCUGCUGUGCUGCAAGUUCCUGGAGCGUGAGCUGCACCUCAGCAACUGUCUGGGCAUGAUGGCCUACGCCUGGCAGCUGGGCUGCACUCAGCUAUACAAGGCGGCACGACAGGUGGCGCUCACGCACUUCUCUGCUAUUGCUGCUGAAGAGGACUUCCUGUUCCUGUCUAAGGAGACCGUAGCAGACCUUCUUGCCAGCGAUGACCUGGCCAUUCAUAAAGACGAUGUAGCCCUGGAGGCCACAAUGCGCUGGGUGUCAUUUGACCCAAAACGAGAAGAGCAUUUUCUGGAGCUCAUUGAGCUGGUGAGGCCUGAGUCACUCUCCUUACCAUUUAUCACGGAACUUUUGACCAGAAUGAAAAGCUCUGACCCCAGAGCCAAGCUCAUCUGCAUGCUGAAUGAACAUUUCCCAACAUCUUGGUCGAUGGGCAGAUCAAUGAGGAGGACCAGGGCCAGAGAGACCCUCUUUGUCCUGGGUGGGCCUCACGAUCAGGAGCAGCAGGCACUUUACCAGUUUCACCCACUCAGUGGUAGAUGGCAGAGCUGCGCACCUCUGCAGAGGAAGAACCUCACACAGUACGCAGCUGCUGCCGUAGGAGACAAUGUGAUUGUGACAGGCGGCUACUUCCGGGAUGUGCUGUGGUUCACUGUGGACUGGGUCAGGAUAUAUGAAUGUGGGAACCAGCGCUGGCUGGAAGGGCCGGCCCUGCAGAAGUCCAGGCACAGCCACUGCUCCAUAGGGCUGGACUCUGUCCUGUAUGUCAUGGGCGGCAGCAUGGAUGAAGGGCUUGUGGCCGAUGUAGAAAGGCUAGUCCUGGGGUCAGAGGAGGGUUGGGAGGGGGUCAGCCCCAUGGUUAGGGCUGUGGAGAGGGCAGCCACUGCCACUCUGGGGUUGUGUGUCUAUGUGGCUUGUGGCCUGGAUGAAAACGGGGAGGCGUAUGGUGGAAUUCAGAGGUACAUGGUUAAGGAGGAUCAGUGGGAUGUGGUCUCCUAUUCUCCGUUUCCACGAUAUGACCUGGUUGCCACAGAGCUCAACGGCGCCCUCUACCUGUUUGGAGGCCAAGCUUUGCGUUUUGACGUGGAGACAGAUGAGUGGACUGUGCUGGAAGAGGAGGAUUGUCUGGACAGGAAGUUCUUCUCGGGCUGCACAACAGUCAACAGCCAGAUAUACCUGGUCAGUGAGAGGAAGAGUAACAAAGCAUUCCCAAACAUGGUGCUGAUGGACCCUUACAUUGACACAUGCAUUGAAGUGGAUGACUCUAUCCCCUGCCCGGUGCCCCUCAGAGGGUGCGUCACCAUGAGAAUGAUCACGUGA